UAGGCUUUCUCCAUAAAGCUUUCAGCCUCUCAUCCCACAUCAGGAGUGUUUUUGGAGAAAGCUGCACUCUGUUGAGCUCCAGGUUGCAGUGGAGGGAGUGAAGGAGCUCUCUGUACCCAAGGAAAGUGCAGCUGAGACUCAGACAAGAUUGCAAUGAACCAAGUCAGCUUCCUACUGUUUCUCAUUGCGGCCACCAGAGGGUGGAGUACAGAUGAGGCUAAUACUUACUCCAAGGAAUGGACCUGUUCUUCAUCUUCAUCUCUGCCCAGAAGCUGCAAGGAAAUCAAAGAAAAGUGCCCUAGUGCAUUUGAUGGCCUGUAUUUUCUCCAUACUGAGAAUGGUGUUAUCUACCAGACCUUCUGUGACAUGAUCUCUGGGGGUGGCGGCUGGACCCUGGUGGCCAGCGUGCACGAGAAUGACAUGCGUGGGAAGUGCACAGUGGGCGAUCGCUGGUCCAGUCAGCAGGGCAGCAAAGCAGACUACCCAGAGGGGGACGGCAACUGGGCCAACUACAACACCUUUGGAUCUGCAGAGGCGGCCACAAGUGAUGACUACAAGAACCCCGGCUACUACGACAUCCAGGCCAAGGACCUGGGCAUCUGGCACGUGCCCAACAAGUCCCCUAUGCAGCAUUGGAGAAACAGCUCCCUUCUGAGGUACCGCACGGACACUGGCUUCCUCCAGACACUGGGACAUAAUCUGUUUGGCAUCUACCAGAAAUUCCCAGUGAAAUAUGGAGCAGGACAGUGUAUUACUGACAAUGGCCCGGCAAUCCCUUUGGUCUAUGAUUUUGGCGAUGCCCAGAAAACAGCAUCUUAUUACUCACCCUAUGGCCAGCGGGAAUUCACUGCGGGAUUUGUUCAGUUCAGGGUAUUUAAUAACGAGAGAGCAGCCAACGCCUUGUGUGCUGGAAUGAGGGUCACCGGAUGUAACACUGAGCACCACUGCAUUGGUGGAGGAGGAUGCUUUCCAGAGUCUAGUCCCCGGCAGUGUGGAGAUUUUUCUGGUUUUGAUUGGAGUGGAUAUGGAACUCAUGUUGGUUACAGCAGCAGCCGUGAGAUAACGGAGGCAGCUGUGCUUCUAUUCUAUCGUUGAGAGCUUUGUGGGAGGGAACCCAGAACUCUCCUCCCAACCAUGAGAUCCCAAGGAUGGAGAACAACUUACCCAGUAGCUAGAAUGUUAAUGGCAGAAGAGAAAAUAAUAAAUCAUAUUGACUCA